AUGAGCUCCUACAGUGUUGACUUCGUCUUCAGAGAGUUCUCGUCAAAGGACCUCAAGUCUGUAGGAAACUAUACUGUGGGGAGGUUAAUCGGAAAGGGCUCCUUUGGCAAGGUCUAUCUCGCGUCUCACAAACUCACCAAUGGAUCCAAGGUCGUGCUCAAGUCGUCGCCUCGCGAAGAUACCAAUCUAGUCCGUGAAAUCCAUCACCAUCGCCAAUUCCUCCACCCCCACAUCGCUCGCCUUUAUGAAGUUGUCGUGACGGAGAAGCUGGUCUGGUUGGUGUUGGAAUACUGUCCGGGUGACGAACUCUACAAUUACCUUCUGCGCCAUGGCCCGUUGCCCGUUGAUAAGGUCAAGAGAAUAUUCACGCAGCUCGUCGGCGCCGUCGCAUAUGUUCACAGCAAGUCAUGCGUCCAUCGAGAUCUCAAACUAGAGAACAUCCUGCUUGACAAGCACGAGAAUGUCAAGCUUUGUGACUUUGGGUUUACGCGGGAAUAUGAGGGCAAGGCAAGCUAUCUGCAGACUUUCUGUGGUACUAUCUGCUACAGCGCCCCCGAGAUGCUCAAGGGCGAAAAGUAUGCCGGCGAGAAGGUGGAUGUUUGGAGCUUGGGAAUUAUUCUAUAUGCGCUUCUUGCGGGAGAAUUACCGUUCGACGAGGACGAUGACCAAGUCACCAAGGCCAGGAUUCUCUCCGAGGAGCCGACGUUCAAUGAAAAGUUUCCCGACGACGCCAAAGCCCUCAUCAACCUGCUUCUGUCCAAACGCCCGCUUAUCCGACCGAGCCUGAGCGAAAUCUUAGCACAUCCUUUCCUUUCCGAACACGCCCCCGAACAACUUGCGAUUCUGAAGAUUCCCCGACCUUCCGCAUUCACCACCCCGUUGGAAAAGACCACUCUACAGCGAAUGAAAAGUGCUGGUGUCAACAUCGAUGAGGUCAUUGAAAGUGUGCUUGCCCAAAAAUGCGACCCGCUCGCUGGAUGGUGGGCGCUGUUGAUCGAAAAGGAGCAGCGAAAAGAACAGAAGCGCGAGCGGAAGCGACGAGAACGCGAAGCAGAGGCCAAGAAUAUCCGCCGUUUGAGUGCUGCUAGCAGUCGGUUGGAAAGACUAUCUGCUGCGCUUGUUGAAGUCGAUGAAGAGGGUCAGCCACAGCCAGCUUCAAGCACUGCCCUUCAGGACCGCGGGAGAAGGGACAGAAGGAGUCUUCCAUCCCAACUUGCUGUGCCUGAACUACCUAGUCUGCCCGAGCCCACUCCUGCACUACCGACUGAUCUUGGUACUCCCCCUCCUCCUUCUGCCGAUAAGGUCUCCGUUCGCUCCGUCAGUUCGACUAGGCGUCGCCCAAUGCCGCCUCCCAAGGACAAGCAAGGCCAACGACAGAGCAGGUUGCACGUCAGUGCUUCCCAGCCGGAACUGAUGCAGCACAAUGGGGGCCUUUUCCGGCGCCGCACAGGCCGUCGUCACAACUAUCCCAUUAUCAGUCAAUUGGCCUCAUUGAAACAUUGGUUCGUGGAGUCUGCAAAGAGAGCCAAGUCACCUCAUGCAAAAGCCGCUGGUCAAGCAGGUGGACAUCAUCGCAAGCUCUUUUCGGACAAGCUGAGUCCUGCCAAGAGCCAGGAAACCAACAAGAAACCUGCCUCCGCAACAUCGCCUACCGCUGUGCCGCCUGAGGAAAUGACGACGCCCACUCAGAUCAAGCGCGCAUCGAACGCCAGCAGCCUGGCUCCGAGCAGCGCGUCGUAUCAGAACCACCGUCAUUCAUUCCCCCGGCAGCCUCGACCUCUUAGCACCAGUCACCGCAGUCACCGUAAUUCGUUGUCACCGUCCCCGAUUACGCCUAGAGGCUCUUACCGGCGCUCCUCAACAGGCUUGCGAGGUCGCAAAUCCACUUCGUCCUCGAUAUCUUCCAUCCGCAGCAUUCACCAUGCUCAUACGCACUCAAAGGCAUCAUCUGUUUCGUCAAACAGCGUCGCAUCUGCCUCGACACCUACAGCUCGCCCGGCCAAAUCUCCCCACGCGUCUGUCAAGGUGCUCCCGACGACACCGGGUGCAUCGUCUCGAUUCCCUAGCAAUAUUCGCCUCGUAAGAGGAAAUAAUAAUAAUUACCUUAAUGAUAAUGGAUUCCGGGACUCGAACGACACGCCAAGAAUGCACUCGAUGUUUAACGAAGCGGCGCCGGCGCCGCUGCUUGCUUCCCCUUCAUCAAGUCUUGUGUUUGCCCGGCGGAAACGGUCUACGUUUAAGGGUCCGAUGGUCCACACAGCCAACCUCAUGGUGUCUGGUGGGAUGGCUGGCACUGAGUUCCCGAGUGGUGCUAUCGUUCCAGAAUCUGCUGCUGCCGCACGGCCUACCGCGCGGAAGAGCCAGAUCAUUGAGGAAGAAGAGGAUGCUGAGGACGAGGAAAUCGAGGAAGUGGAUGCUUUCAGUGGACCUGAGGAAGAGCAGAGUUCGCCAACUCUUCGGAAGGCAUUUCUCGCUCCUGCUCCAGACAUUCAUUCUAGUCCAUCGCGUCCUCCUCGCUCUUCGUCUUUGCGAGCGGCAAGACCACCAGUGGUAUCGGAGUCUACUGAUGAAGAGGACCAGAAGGACAGUGCUUCCUUGACGCCCGUUGCUUCUGCUAAAUAA